GUGGGGAUUACAGUGGAGCGCUCAAGACAGAGAUGGUUAGGAGAUUACCGUUGAGCGAGUCUAAAAAAAGCUGUUGACUGACUGUCGGUCCACAUCACUGCGUCAAUACCUUAACGCACAAUGUCAGUACUGCAUUGGAUACUUCUCCUACUUUUUGUAGGUUUGGCCUGCACCACACCACCACCAAGGUCAACACGAAGAAAGAGAGGGCUUCUGGAACUGGCUGGAGUCAUUAAAUGUAGCACUGGAAGAUCAGCCUUGGCCUAUAUGAUGUACGGCUGUUACUGUGGCCUAGGAGGACAAGGAUGGCCCAGGGACAAGGCUGACUGGUGCUGUCAUAAACAUGACUGCUGCUACGGUGAUGCAGAAUAUGCAGGUUGCCAGACACACACCGACCAGUACCAGUGGACAUGUGAAGACAAGGAGGCUGAUUGUGAUUCUCUGAAGGACCGGUGUGAGAAAAAGCUGUGUCGGUGUGACAGGGAAGCAGCUAAAUGUCUGAGGAAAGCACCUUUCAUAAAGAAAUACGCUUUGUGGCCAGACUUUCUAUGUGGAUGUGUUCAGCCAACCUGCAAUAUCUACUGACCUACCAGUGAAGUCACCCCUUCAUGCACCAUUCAGCGUAGCUAAAGCUACUUUUUUAUACUGUUUACUAUCAAUGUAUAUUUUGUGAUUUUUACCGUUCAUUAAGUGCUGAAAAAUCUUUUGUGGGAAUUAAAGGGCCACACACAUCUCUCAGUG